GUUCAGUUCACGUGUUGGGGCCGGAUCAGCCUUCACGAGGUGCGAGCAGAAACCGAGUGUGCGGUCUGGGAGGCGUCUCCAUCCCUCCGCUCUUCAAAGGGAGUCGCAGUCAGCAGCUGUGUGUGAAGCUGGAGCCUCGAGGACUUCUCUACGUUAAACUGUCUCUGCAGGAGAAAUGGGACACUCAGGUGGUCAGUGACUCGUCAGUUCCUGCAAAUGUGUUUGGGGUAGAGCUGCACCACCUGGUGGAGAAAGAAGGCUCUGCAGCUCCAAUUCCUCUGCUGAUCCAGAAGUGUGUGGCCGAGAUCGAGCACAGAGGACUGAAGGUGGUGGGUCUGUACAGACUCUGUGGUUCAGCGGCAGUGAAGAAGGAGCUCAGAGAUUGGUUUGAGAGGAACAGUUCAGCCGCCUGUCUCAGCGAGGACCUCUACCCCGACAUCAACGUCAUCACAGGUAUAUUAAAGGACUACCUACGGGAGCUGCCGUCUCCGCUCAUCACCAGGACUCUGUACCAGGUAGUCCGGGAGGCCAUGACCCUGCGACCCCCGCCAGUGACCUUUGACCCCCAGCUGGCCCAGGACACCGUGGAGCUGCUGACCUGCCUGCCGCCACCAGAAAGGGCCACCCUGUCUCUGCUGCUGGACCACCUCAGCCUGGUGGCGUCCCUCAGCUCGUCGAACAGGAUGACUCACCAGAACCUCGCUGUCUGCUUCGGCCCGGUGCUCCUCACCCCGACUCAGGAGGCGUGGAGUGGGGGAGGAGGGGGGAGGGGAGGAAGGGGAGGAGCAAAGGGUCACGGCGAAGAGAUAGCGAGCGCGGUCGAUUUCAAACGGCACAUUGAGGCGCUGCACUACCUGCUGCAGCUGUGGCCAGUACCGAUCCACCGAGUCCCGACAGAUGACCACACUGAUGUCUCCCCCUCUCCCUCCUCUGCCCUCACCCACUCUUCCCAUUCUGCGCUGCGAUUGGCUCUGCCCCAGAAUGCUGACCCGGAGGUGGUGGUGUCCCGUCGGGGUCGUGGAGGCCUGGCCCGGUUAGACAGUCCUCCGCCCAUCAACCGGUACGCAGGAGACUGGAGCGUCUGCGGACGAGACCUCCUGUCCGGCCAGGACGCCGACUACGACGAGGUAGCAGGAAGUGACAGCGACGCAGGCAGUGGUGAGGAAGAGGAGGAGAAGAAGGAGGUGUGGUCCUCAGAGGGAGGAGAAGGUCUGUACGUGGACGACUUCAUGGACUUUGACGCUCCAUUUAACUGUCGACUCAGUCUGAAGGACUUCGACACUCUGAUCCAUGAUCUGGACCGAGAGCUCGCCAAGCAGAUCAACAUCUGCCUGUAGACCAGGAGGAGGAGGAGGAGGAGGAGGAGAGAGAGGAGAAACGUUGUUUUAGUCUUCCAUGUAAAGUAAAAGUAUUUUUCAAAGUUAAAUGUUGUGAAUCUGAUGUAAUUUGACCUGGUGAAGUUCCAGAAGUUGAGGCAGAACAUCAGAACAUUUCGGUGGGAAUGAUGAAGUUCUCCUUGAAUGAUGAAGUUCUCCUUGAAUGAUGAAGUUCUCCCGGUUUUUGCCGACAGUGUUAAUGAUGAAAUGAUUCUUGAUAAAUGAAAGUUUAUCAAACAUCUAAAAUGAUCUAAUGUGAUUCAGACUGGCCACUGACAAGUUUGACCUCUGACCUCCUCACAGCCUCCUCCGACCUCUGCAGGCUGGAGCCAGACUGAGAACAUCACACGUCUUUCUGUUCUGAGGAUUUAAAAUCCUGACAACUGAUGAGUCCAACUCAAAGUGGAACCAGGAGAACGUGGCUUUUGGUUCUUGUAGCAUCUCUGGAUGUUUUUGUGCCAAGGAGUCAAAUUAAAACAGGUUAUUUAUUUCUCUGAUCCAAAGGUAAACGUAGCCUCAGUGCUGAUAUAAGGGAGUCAUUCUCUGAGGUGUCACUGUGGAGGAACCGCAGGAACCAAAACAUCCUCUGAACAUUUCUAUUAUGAAUGUUCUAAUGAUAAAGAAGGUGGUUCUCAAAGGCCCUCUCACACUUUUCUCCCUCUGAAGAUGUGAACUGUUUGCUAUUCCUCUGGUUAUCAGGGUAGCAUUCUGUCAGAACAUGUUAGAACAUGUUAGAACAUGUUAGGGCUGUUUGUAAAGCCAUAAUUUCACUUGUGGAAACUUUUAAGUUGAAGUGAACAAACAGCAGAAGUCAUCACUCUGCUGCGUUUCCCGCCCUUUGCAGGAUGCUGCAGACAACUGCAGGCUGCUGCAGUUGUCUGCAGGUGUGUGCAGGCUGCUGCAGGUGUGUGCAGUUGUCUGCAGUUCCCUGCAGUUGUCUGCAGGUGUGUGCAGGCUGCUGCAGGUGUCUGCUGGUGUAUCAGCAGAGUGAUGCGAGGUGCAGCAGGUCGUCAGUAUUUUCACGGUACAGAAUUUCUGAGAAGGAAAACGAUGCCAUACUCAGUGUUAAAAACAUGAUGUUGUUGUUUUAUUGUUGUUUGUUGUUGUUUUUUGACAGUAUUAUUUUGUUUUGCACAGUGAUAAUUAGCACUUCUCUUUUUUUAUUGACGAUGUUUCUCUGCAGAUGAUGUAACCAAAGUGUUGAAGCACAGUUCCUGUUGGAACAGACCACAGCAGCCUGUCUGUACUUCUUAUUUACCUGACCAACUAUUAAACACAAUAUUAUUAUUAUUGUUA